GAACCCGUCGUCCACGCUCUGUUCGAACACUCCACCGCCCGGUGGCAAUAUCUGAUCGCAGAUCCAACGACGAAAGAUGCCAUCAUUAUUGAUCCUGUGCUCGAUCGGAAUCCAUAUGCUCCUGGAAUUGACACGACUGCGGCCGACCAUCUUCUCUAUCUGGUACGACAACAUCAGUACCAUGUGGUGCGCAUACUGGAGACACACUCGGUGCAAGAACACCCUACAUCGGCGUGGUAUCUCCGGACGCAAUUACGUGACAGACACGGCCAGAUGCCACGAAUCUGCACUGGCAAGGCUAUUGCAGGCGUGCAACGAAUGUUUGCCAGGGCAUAUGGAGUGCAAGACGCCGGGUGGUCAGCACGGUUCGACUCCUUCCAUGAUGGCCAGGUCUUUGCUGUGGGCGAGAUGAGAGUGCAAUGCGUCCACCUGUUGAGCGAACCGGACUGGUUUGGAUUCGUCAUCGGCCACAACGUCUUCUUAGGA